AUGGGUCAUUGUAUCAAAGAUUGCCCAACCUUGAAGAGUGAGUUGAUGGCUAAGCCUAUUGAUGUGAAGCAAAGGCCAAAAGUCCAAGGAUGCGUGUUUGCUAUUACUGAGCAAGAUGCUAAGGCAUCCAAGUCAGUGGUAACAGGUACCAUUCUCAUAUUUUCUCAUAUUGCACGAGUUCUUAUUGAUCCUGGUUCUACUCAUUCCUUUGUAUCUUGUGCUUAUAUGAAAUAUGCUGAAUGUGUGCCUAAAUUGUUGGACUUUGAACUUUCUAUUUCUACUCCUUUGGGUGAAGCUAUGGUUGCUACGUUUAUAUGUAAGUCUUGUGUGAUUAAGAUUGGAAGAAAUGAGUUGUUGGCUGAUUUGAUUCUCUUAGAAAUUCAAGAAUUUGAUGUAAUAUUAGGCAUGGAUUGGUUAACAGCUUAUCAUGCUAAUGUCGACUGUUACAAGAAGGAAGUGGUGUUUUGUAUUCCGAGUCAACCUGAAUUUGUAUUUCAUGGGUCAAAAUAG